AAGAUGAGUUUAUUUCCUGUACACUAAUCAUAUGCUUUAUUGAAAUCACUGACAGACAUCUGACCACUUAAAACUUAAGCUUACAGAUUUAAAGAUGACUUAGAGCACAGAAUGUUUGAAUUCAGUGGGAGUUUUUUUUUUUUUUUUUUUUUUUUUUUUCAGGGUAUGUAGGUAAGAGGUCCUGCAAAGUCCCUUUUGAAAACUAGUAAUAUUCCUAUUUGAUUUGUUAGUCAACCUGUCUUAGAAAUUGUCAUAGAUCUUCUAAGGAAGGAUACUGAUUGGCUCAGAAGUUACAAGUUGUCUCACCUGUGAGAUUAUGUCCUCUUUGGUAGUGAUGUGGAAGAACGGUUACGCUAAUGAGCAUGGUAUUUAUAAUAGUAGUUGAAAAGCUAUUUAAAUGCUUGCUAUAAUUAUUAUUUUGAAAAUGUGUUCUUAAUUGAUUAGUCUGUUAUCAGCAUGGCAACCUGCAGGCAGGCAUGGCACUGGAGAAGGAGCUGAGAGUCCUACAUCCUGAUCGGAAGGCAGCCAGGAGAGGACAGUCUUCCACAGGCAUCCAGGAAGAAGGUUCUUUUCCACACGAGGAGGAGCUUGAGAAUAGGACCUCAAAGCUCACCCCUGGUGAUGAACUUCCUCUGACAAGGGCACACCUCCUAAGAGUACCACUUCCCAUGGGCCAAGUAUUUUGAAACCACCACAUUUAUAGAACCUGUUAAUCCUUUAUGCACUACUACAGUUACAGGGGUAUAUCCCAUCAUAGAAAGCAGGUAUAGCAACUGAAGUGUUUCUCAAGUUGCUUUGUUACAGCCAUGGAGUGAGCCUAGGCAACCACUCCAGAACCUAUGGCAUUAUUUAACUCAGUUUCACUCUUAGCAUUUCUACCCUGCCAAUCUUUCACUUAAAAAAAAAAAUAAAGACAAAACAAAAGCCCUGAUCUCUAUGCCAUCACUUUCUAGGUGCUUUCAUAGGAAAAUCAGAACAGCACCCCAGCUGUUGGUGGUAGUGACGUGUGCCAGCUAAAACUGAGGUUUGCAUUGGUGGAGCAUCUUGCCUACGUUUAUAGAGAUUCUUAGUUUGCUAGAGCUUUCAUAAUAAAGUACUCAGGUUGCUUAAAAACAAGUUUGUUUUUGUUUCGUUUUUUUUUUCCCUCACAGUUACAUAGACCAAGACAAGGUCUGGCACAUUUGGUUUCUUAUCUUUUGGACUUGAAGCUGGUCACCCUUUUUGUCCUCCCAUGGCCUUUCCUGUAUUUGUGGGCAUACUUUAUGAUGUUCCCACUCCUUCUUAUUAGUAUAACCGUUAUACUGGAUUAGAGGCCACCCUGAUAGUCUCUCUGUAUAUCAAUGGUGAGGUAGAAAUCACAUCCAUGGACUUAGACGUAUCUUCAUGUUUGUGAUCUAUUACUGACCAUGACUCUGUCAGACACAGAAAUGGUUUUGUUAAGUUCUGGUUCAUGUGCCCUUAGGUGCCUAAUGGCCUUAUUGUUUUGACAAUCAUUUUCUAAAAAUCACUUUGAAUACAGGCACAUUGUGCAGUACUUAUAUUCAACACGUGAAUUUUGAAUUCUACAUGGAUACUGACCUGAAUACAUAGUAAUUCCGCGGUCCAGCCAAGAUCUGAACUAUCAUCUGCAUGACCUCUACUCCAAAUAUUUUCCACAGGAUGCAAAAUGUCCUGGGGAGCAUCAGACCUGAGACUUGAGAGGUCACUUAAGCAACAUUGACGAACUCCCGCUAUGCACUACUAAGGAAGGGGUGUAACACUCAUCAAGAUUGAUACCAGUUUCAACAUGUUUACAGUCUACUGCUGGAAGUGAUAAAAAUUAAACAGGCAAUUAAAUUGCCUUCAGUAAAAUACGACUUUACUAAAAUGCAAAAGUCCGUAAUUUUACACAUUGAGGGAAUGCUAAACUGUAAACCACCUGUUUGGACAUAGAUACGUUUUUGCUAAAAUUUGACUUCUGAUAGACUUCAGCUGUAAAUGAAUUUUUUUCCCCAGAAAUUAUCUACUUCUAUCCCUUCCUUUUUUUUUUUUUUCUUAGACAAGGCCAUGUGAGUCUUGAGCUUGUGAUAUUCCUGCCCAUCUCCCAGAUAUUUGUGCCACCAUGUCGGGCUAUCUAUUGUUUCUUAUCAAUCUUUUUACUGGGUUUGAAUAAUUACAAUACCGUCCAUCAAAAUUGAGCCAUUGUAUGCUAAGUGCUUUGCCCAUAUUCACUCUGCUCGGUAAAAGAUUGUUCUUUUGUACUGCUUACAGAUGACGGAGAAGAAAUUCUGAAGAAACGUAAUCUCCACAGAGCUAACUCUAUAGUAAGGCCUCAAAGGGCUGCAUUCGAUUUAGAAUGUGCAUAUCGUGUCUUUUCCUGGCUCUACUCUGCCCCAAGUCAUUUUUCCCAAUUGUGGAACUCAAAGUUUCAGAUGCUGGAGGAAAUUCAAAGUUAAGCACUGCGUUGUACUGCCAUCCAGUUACUGCACGUUGUGAAAAUAUUUGCCUUCACCAAAGUCAAGAUGCUCAUCUUUCCGUUCUUUUCUUGUCGAACCCAAUACUUGGCGCCAAAUCGGCAAAGCUGGGGAGGCAAUGGGGAGACUGAUACUGAAAAUGCACAAAGGAGACCUCACUCCAUUAAGAAAGCCAAUAUGUGCAAACACUUUUUGCGCCUAACAGUCAGCCGAACAGAGGCACAGAUUCAAAACCGAAUCGCCACACACACUGACUUCGGGAGUGCUCGGGCGUGGGAUUUACGUGUCAAGUGUCAACGCGGGAAUCCCAACCCUCGCGUUCACUUGGAAGCCAAGAGGUUUCAUCGUUUGGUCAGCGGGAGAAAUCACUCGCGACCGGAGGAAGGCUCGGCGCUGGCGUCACCGGUGCUGCUUCUCAGUACUUUUAGGCGUGCCAGUACUGGGGCUGAAACCUUUCUGCUCCUCCCACCACAUUUAAAUUCCGCUGUUCUUUCGGGAGACCGGGUCCGCUCCGGAAGUGCGUCAGCGCCGUGUUCCUCCUUCAAGCCCUGGUGACAGCGGGUUCCAGGCGGAGAGCGGUGGGCUCUGCGUGAGUUGGUGGCGCUGCGUGCUGGUGCGGGGCGCGUCCUUUAUCCUAACGGGAAACAAAGGCCCCGCGAGCCCGGCCGAGAGAGAGCGCCUGCGCCAUGGGAGUGCAGGGGCUGUGGAAGCUGCUGGAGUGCUCGGGCCACCGGGUCAGCCCGGAGGCGCUGGAGGGCAAGGUGCUGGCCGUGGAUAUUAGCAUUUGGCUAAACCAAGCACUUAAAGGAGUCCGAGAUAGCCAUGGGAAUGUGAUAGAAAAUGCUCAUCUUCUCACAUUAUUCCACCGGCUCUGCAAACUCUUGUUUUUUCGUAUCCGCCCUAUUUUUGUAUUUGAUGGUGAUGCUCCGCUGCUAAAGAAACAGACCUUGGCAAAGAGAAGGCAGAGGAAGGAUUCUGCAUCCAUUGACUCGAGAAAAACCACCGAGAAACUUCUGAAAACCUUUCUGAAGAGACAGGCUCUGAAAACUGCUUUCAGAAGCUCAAGGCAAGAGGAAGACCACAGUGGCUGCAGACACUCAUUGGACUCUGCUGUUCUCUCUUUUUGUCUCAUUUAACAAUAGACAUGAAGCGCCACCCAGUCUCACUCAGGUUCAAAGACAGGAUGACAUCUAUGUUUUGCCACCUUUACCAGAGGAAGAAAAACACAGUUCAGAAGAGGAAGAUGAAAAGCAAUGGCAAGCAAGAAUGGAUCAAAAACAAGCAUUGCAGGAAGAAUUCUUUCAUAAUCCUCAGGCCAUAGAUAUCGAGUCUGAGGACUUCAGCAGCCUGCCUCCUGAAGUAAAGCAUGAGAUCUUGACUGACAUGAAAGAGUUUACCAAGCGAAGGCGAACACUGUUUGAAGCAAUGCCAGAGGAGUCUAAUGACUUUUCACAGUACCAGCUGAAAGGCUUGCUGAAGAAGAACUACCUAAACCAGCACAUAGAAAAUGUCCAAAAGGAAAUGAACCAGCAGCAUUCAGGGCAAAUCCAGAGGCAAUAUCAAGAUGAGGGAGGCUUUCUGAAGGAAGUGGAGUCCAGGAGAGUGGUCUCUGAAGACACCUCACAUUACAUCUUGAUAAAAGGUAUUCAAGGUAAGAAAGUCAUGGAUGUGGAUUCAGAAUCUCUUCCUUCCUCCAGCAACGUACACAGUGUGUCUUCCAACCUGAAGUCAUCACCCCACGAGAAAGUGAAGCCGGAGAGAGAGCCAGAGGCCGCGCCUCCUUCUCCAAGAACUCUACUGGCUAUUCAGGCAGCCAUGCUGGGAAGUAGCUCAGAAGAUGAGCCAGAGAGUAGAGAGGGAAGGCAGUCUAAGGAGAGGAACUCAGGGGCCACUGCAGAUGCAGGUUCCAUCUCACCCCGGACCUGUGCAGCUAUUCAGAAAGCUCUGGAUGAUGAUAACGAUGAGAAAGUGUCUGGCAGCAGUGAUGAUCUAGCAGAGAAAAUGCUGCUUGGAAGUGGGCUGGAGCAGGAGGAGCAUGCUGAUGAAACGGCAGAAAGAGGUGGAGGCGUGCCAUUUGACACAGCGCCUCUCACACCCAGUGUGACUGAGGUAAAGGAGUGUGUAACCAGUGGCAGCAGUGCAAACGGACAGACAGACUCAGCUCAUUCAUUUACAACCGCGAGUCACCGAUGUGAUACUCCAAAAGAAACAGUGUCUCUUGCUCGUGCCGUGAAAGAAGCAUCUCAGAUAAGCAGUGAAUGUGAGGUGGAGGGUAGGCCAGCUGCCCUCUCACCAGCAUUCAUAGGAACUCCAAGCAGUCAUGUCUCUGGAGUCCUCAGUGAAAGGGAACCCACCCUGGCACCUCCGACGACAAGAACACAUUCUGAUCAGGGGAUAGACAUACACCCUGAAGAUCCUGAGCUACAAAACGGACUCUACCCACUUGAGACCAAGUGUAAUUCCUCUCGCCUUUCAAGUGACGAUGAAACAGAAGGUGGGCAAAACCCUGCUCCCAAAGCAUGUAGUACAGUUCAUGUCCCUGCAGAGGCAAUGAGUAACUUAGAAAAUGCGUUGCCUUCUAAUGCUGAAGAACGUGGAGAUUUCCAGGAAACCAUCCAGCUACGGGAGGUGCCUGAGGCUGCUGCCAGGGAGCUGAUUUCAGCUCCAAAGCCCAUGGGACCAAUGGAGAUGGAGUCUGAAGAAAGCGAGUCUGAUGGAAGUUUCAUUGAGGUGCAGAGUGUGGUCAGCAAUAGUGAACUUCAAACAGAGUCAUCCGAGGCUUCUACACAUCUCUCUGAAAAAGAUGCAGAGGAACCAAGAGAAACUCUGGAGGAAGGAACCUCCAGGGACACAGAGUGCCUCCUACAGGACAGCUCUGACAUUGAGGCAAUGGAAGGACACAGAGAAGCUGACAUAGAUGCUGAGGACAUGCCCAACGAAUGGCAAGAUAUUAAUUUGGAGGAACUGGAUGCCCUGGAAAGUAACCUCUUAGCAGAACAGAAUUCACUGAAAGCGCAAAAACAGCAGCAAGAUCGGAUUGCUGCCUCUGUAACAGGCCAGAUGUUUCUGGAAAGCCAGGAACUCCUGCGCCUGUUUGGCGUUCCCUACAUCCAGGCUCCCAUGGAGGCAGAGGCACAGUGUGCCAUGUUGGACCUCACUGACCAGACUUCUGGAACGAUUACUGACGAUAGUGAUAUCUGGCUGUUUGGGGCCCGGCAUGUCUAUAAGAAUUUUUUUAACAAAAACAAGUUUGUAGAGUACUAUCAAUAUGUGGACUUUUACAGUCAACUAGGACUGGACCGUAACAAGCUAAUCAACUUGGCCUAUCUACUGGGCAGUGACUAUACGGAAGGGAUACCAACUGUAGGCUGUGUAACAGCCAUGGAGAUUCUCAAUGAAUUCCCUGGACGAGGCCUGGACCCACUCCUAAAAUUCUCAGAGUGGUGGCACGAAGCUCAAAAUAACAAGAAGGUUGCAGAAAAUCCCUAUGACACCAAAGUGAAAAAAAAAUUACGGAAGUUGCAGCUGACACCUGGUUUCCCCAACCCGGCAGUUGCAGAUGCUUACCUCAGGCCUGUGGUGGAUGACUCCAGGGGAUCGUUCCUGUGGGGCAAGCCUGAUGUGGACAAGAUUAGAGAAUUUUGUCAGAGGUAUUUUGGCUGGAACAGGAUGAAGACCGAUGAAUCCCUGUAUCCAGUACUAAAGCACCUGAAUGCCCAUCAGACCCAGCUCCGGAUUGAUUCCUUUUUUAGACUAGCUCAGCAGGAAAAACAAGAUGCCAAACUCAUAAAGAGUCAUAGGCUAAACAGAGCAGUGACAUGUAUACUGAGGAAAGAACGGGAAGAGAAAGCUCCUGAGCUGACAAAAGUGACUGAGGCCCUGGAUGAUGCAAAAGGAAAAACCCAGAAAAGAGAGCUACCAUAUAAAAAAGAGACUUCAGUUCCAAAAAGAAGGAGACCUUCAGGCAAUGGUGGGUUUCUAGGGGACCCCUACUGCUCAGAAUCACCCCAGGAAUCUUCCUGUGAGGAUGGAGAAGGUUCAUCUGUGAUGAGUGCACGACAGAGAAGUGCAGCUGAGUCGUCAAAAAUCAGCUGCUCAGAUGUGCCUGACUUAGUGAGAGACCCUCCUCAUGGGAGGCAAGGCUGUGUGUCCACUAGUAGCUCCAGCGAGGAUGAUGAGGACAAAGCCAAGACUGUCCUAGUGACUGCUAGACCUGUAUUUGGGAAGAAAAAACUGAAACUAAAGAGUAUGAAGAGAAGGAAAAAGAAAACCUAAUUUAAAGAGAAAAAAAAAAGUCAUUUAGAAACAGAAAGUGCUUACAAUGUAUUGAGAGCAUAAGAUUAAAUCUAUUUGUAUAAUCUCUAUUUUGAA